AAUGCAGCACGUGCCAUGGAAUGCGGGCGGACCCGUCGAGUUGGUAGCAAACUCUAUUUAGCUGCCGGCCUUGGUGGAAGUGACGAGAUGUCGAGCAGCUACUCCAAGCGCGUGGACGAGCUGCGGCGGUCCUUCAAGCUUGGUAAAACACGGCCUACCAGCUAUCGCGUCGAGCAACUCAAGGCCAUGGACCGAUUUCUCGCCGACUACCAUGACCGUUUUGUAGACGCCCUCAAGGAAGACCUGAACAAGAACAAGUUCGAGAGCAUUCUCUUCGAGAUCCAAUACACCCGCAAUGAAAUAAAGGGUACCAUCAUGGAGUUGGACAAGUGGGUCAAGCCAGAAAAGGCACCCAAGAAUAUCAUGCUGCUGAUGGACCAGGCACUGAUCCACAGUGAGCCGUUCGGAGUGGCCCUGGUGAUAGGUGCCUGGAACUACCCGUUGCAGCUGACGCUGUGCCCCCUCAUCGGGGCCAUUGCAGCUGGCAACUGUGCCGUGAUCAAGCCGUCCGAGCAGGCACCGGCCACAGCCAAGCUUCUUCUGGAAAUGGUGCCCAAGUACCUGGACCCCGAGUGCUUUGCUGUCAUUGUUGGGGGCCCCAAGGAGUCUGCUGAGCUUCUAACCGAGAAGUUUGACUACAUCUUCUACACGGGCUCCACUAAUGUGGGCAAGCUCAUCUAUGCUGCCGCCCAGAAGCACCUCACACCAGUUACCCUUGAGCUGGGUGGAAAAAGCCCCGUGUAUGUGGAUGCUGCCGUGAACCUGGAGGUGGCCUGCCGCCGCCUCAUGUGGGGCAAGUAUGUCAAUGCGGGCCAGACAUGCAUAGCACCCGACUACGUGCUCUGCCACACAGCCGUGUAUGCCCAGUUUGUGGACACGUGCAAGAAGGUCAUCACGGAGUUCUACUCGGAGCAUCCCAAGGAUAGUGCCGACCUGGGUCGCAUUGUCAACACCAACCACUGCCGAAGGAUAGCCAAGCUGCUGGAGGGACUGCCCAUCGCAUUUGGCGGGGACGUGGACGUGGACAGCAAGUACGUGGCACCUACCCUGGUCACCGAGGUCAAGGUCACCGACCCUGUCAUGCAGGAGGAGAUCUUUGGUCCAGUGCUGCCAAUCCUGAGGGUGAACAGUGCAGACGAAGCAAUUGAGUUCAUCAAUGAGAGGGAGAAGCCACUGACGCUGUAUGUGUUCUCAUCACAGCAGAAGGUCAUUGACCGUUUCAUGUAUGAAACCACAAGUGGCAGCAUUUGUGCCAAUGACACCUUGGUUCAUCUGUCUGUGGACACGCUGCCCUUUGGUGGAGUGGGCCAGAGUGGCAUGGGUCGCUACCAUGGCAAGUACUCCUUCGACACCUUCUCCAACAAAAAGGCAGUGCUGGUGCGGUCAUUCAACCCCAUCGGAGAGGCAUUUGGCCGAAAGCGGUACCCACCGCUGGAUGACUUCAAGAUUGCCUACUUCCGGCAGCUGCUGCUGAAGCGAGGAUCUCUCCUGGGCACAGGACUGCUUGGCUGUGCCCCCUACCUGUGCGUGUUUGUGCUGGGUGUCGCCUCGGCCUUCCUUCUCCGAUAUCUGUUCCACGAUGGCAGCAAGCUGCCGCAGAGGCGCGACUGACCCCCAAGUGCACUUUGAGCACAACCAGUGUAUGCAAGAUGCUGGGCACAGAGAUUUAAAAGCAAUCCAGUGGGAACCAAGGAUUAAUGCCACAUUCCUGCAGCAUCGCCACGUGGAGAGAUGAUUUUUGUUCCACUCAGGCCCCGUUUCCUUUUUCUUCUUUGUAAACUAAAUAGCUUCAGUUGCUCUUCUGCGUAAGAGGGAAGAAAGCACCUGGCAGAAAAAAGUUAAGCACUUUAGGCAGGCAUGCAGAGCAACACCAGACACACUACUGCUGUCACUGUAGCCAUGCCUCUAUUACUCCCAUUUGAGUCACAGAAUCAAGUCUCCAGCAUUUUUUACAAAGCCACCUACCGAGCGACAUGAAACGGCUAGCCAGAUGGCCAAGCAUUGCGCCUACCAUGUGAAGCACUGCACCAACAUGGUUUCAGGCAAUAGUUCUCAUGGUCUAAAGGGAAGGCAAACCUUGAGUUGGCCUGGUACCCACAAUGUUUGUAUUAUGCUAAGAAAUGACAAUGUUCCAGUACUUGCCGAGUCUCCUGCAUGUGCUCCUGUGGACGGGGCUGUGCCAGUGAGCUAGUGUACUGCUGGGCCACCUGUUUCAAGGCAACAGUCCACGCACUCCCACUAAUUAAGCUGACUGACCAGGAGUUGUGACACAGCACGAGUUAUUUAGAAAACUGCACUUUUAAGUUGAGAAGCAACAUAAAAAAAAUUAUCCUUAUUAUUGAGGCUCAACGCACUUUACCAGUUAUAAGUAGGAUGUGUGACGUCGCAGCAGCUGGUGGCAUUAAUGUUGUUCUAUGUUUGCAUCAUCUUGUGAAAGUGCUGUUAUCAUUAAAAGUGCAAUUCGCCUUAAAGAAUCCUUGGAAAAGCAGCAGCUUUGCUGCAGCAAUAAAAUGUGCUCCCAGCCAAUGCUGCCAUGCCUUUAUAGUCUCAUAUGCUCUGCACCUGUGCAGACUGCUUACUCUGGAAAGAAUGCAUUGAGUGCAGACAAAAUGGUGCAAGACAGCAGUGGCCUUCUGCUGUGAGCUGGUCACUGGGUCCAAUAGGUCGUUGAGUGCAGAUGAAACGAUGCAAGACAGAAAUGACCCUCUGCUGUGAGCUGGUCACAGGGUCCAAUAGGUAUCACACACAAACGUCUAUACAGCAUAGAGACAUGAAACAAGCUAAGAAACUACUUUGCUAUGCGUUUGAAACUCAUUAUUGUAUGCAUCUGCUUCCUUGAUAAAAUAAAGCUCCAACAACUCUUGA